CUUAUUUUAUUCUUAAUAAUGGAUUCUGUCAACAGAAAAGAUGAUAAGUGUACAUCUAUGACUGACAGUACUUAAUUCAAAUCAUUUAUCUUAAAUAAAAAUACCAAUAUGAAAGAAAAGUCUAAAUUUGUAAAGAUCACUCCUCAAAAUUCACUUAAAAUCUAAAUAAAGAAUCCAAUUAAAAAAUAAUUAACAUUCACAUUACCUACUGAAAGAUCAAGCAAUUUGUCUAGAGAAAUCGAAUAAUUUAAUGAUAAAUUUUUGGUAGAAAACUUAGAAAAAAAAUAGUAAUAAGUUUAGCAUAAGACUUCACGAUUUAAGAAUCUUUUAUUUGGAAGGCGGAUUAAAACAUCAGGAGAUCACUUUUAAGAUUAUAAAGAAGAAUAUAAAAAGGUAGUGGAAGCUGGUUAUAAUGAAAUAGAAGAGAAUUUUUAAUUGUAAAUUAUUAUAAAUUAAUAUUAGUUGUUAAGCAUCUUUGCACGAAUAAAGAUAAAAUCUAAUGAAUGCUGAAAUAGAGUUGUAAGAAAAUUAAAAAGAAUUAGACAUACUUUAAGAUCAAAUUAGUACAUUAAAAGAAGCUAUAUUUUUAACUAAAGGUUAAAGUAAAAAGUCAUUGAAUGACAUUUUAUUUAGAAAUCGAUUAAGAUAAAAUAAAGAAAGAAAAUUAACAUAAGAAUUAUUAGAAUUCAUAAAUCAUCUUUCAAUUUAAUAUGAUUAUCAUAUUGAUUCUUUGAAAGAAUAUUUAUAAAGUUUUAAAACAGAACUAAAUGAAAUAUUAAUUGAAGAUGAAUAUAGUGAAAAGCCUUGA